AUGAAAGUCGUGAACAUACUGAUGAAUUUAUUAUCGCAACAAUUAAGCUGGGAAGAUUUGUUUGGAAGACGAGUUAAAGUAUGUAGGGCAAUAACAAAACGACAAAUGGUUGAGAAUGAUUAUGGUGAAUCAUGGAUUGAGCUUACUUUAGAGGUGAUAUCAAAGCAUUGGCAUGUCGAUUUACUUCCACUUGCGAUGCGAUUUCAAUUAAUUACAGAUAGUCUUCAUUUUGUUGGUUCAUGUAGUGCUGUACUGCAAGCUACAAAUAAACAAAUGUUCUUGGAGAAUUGCAUAGCAGCACAUAUGUUUUUACCUUUGGAAGCAUUUCAUUUUGGUAGCCUACUGAAAGGACAAUUUUUAUCACAUUUUUCACGUGUAGCGUGUACGGGAACAGCGUUAGAACAAUUGCGUAGUUUAAACGUUUUGCGUGCUCUACGCAAUUGCCCAGAAAUUGUUGAUCCGAUGUUUGUUGAUUUUGAGCAUGAUCGUGAUAUAUUUAUCGUUCGAUUUGCUAUUUUAGAUGGUGGAUUUCGAUCAAAAAAUAAUGAAAAUAGUAAAAUUUCAAAUACUUCUCCUAUUCCUGGUUCAGCAGUAGCUCUAAAGGUACGAUAUAAUUCAAUCCGUCGUGUUUUGGUUGAUUUACGAGUUAAAUUACCAAAUGGUGCAUGCGGUCGGCGGAUAUACUUUCAUUUAAAUUAUCCACCUGAAAUACGAAAGUAUCAGAGAAAAACAGAGGAUGAUGAGGAUAAAGUAGGUAGUGAUGGAAAUCGAUGGAGGAGUAUUCCAGAAACUGAUGAUGAUAAAAGGGACAAUUGUGCAGCUAUCAAUGAAAGCCCAUAUUUUUGCUUGCAAUUACGACAACAUGUUUCUGAUCAUACUUUGUAUCAAUUACUUAGUCGUCUUCGUGUACGAGCAGUAUUAUCAAUCGAAUUUGCAAAUUUAAAAUCUCGAUAUUUAAGUGUAUUUGAUUAUGUGGAUGCACCUGUACGUUUCAUAGGAUGCGAUUAUCGUCCAUAUGCAUACGAUGCAUACGAUGAAGUAAUUAUUGGUAAGGAACGAAAUUAUGAACCACCAUUUUCACGUGUUGAUCCUACUUGUGAACGAAAAAUUAGAGAUUGUGAUGUGUUUGGUUUGGAAUACUUAAUUGCUGCAUUGCUUUCACGCGGUGCUGUUGUAAAGGAUCAAAUUCUGAUAGAUGAAAGGGCGCGUGAUGCUUUUGUUGAUAUGAUUUUGCAAAGAUUUAGAGAUAAUGAAGAGCUAACAUUAGAAGCAUUGGAACGACUGAUAAAUAUGAUUGAUGAAACCAAACAAGUGCCAUGUUUAUUUACAUUAUUUCAAAAGAUUCGAAAUAGUCUCGAAGGACAGAAAGAUAUUUUAGAAGAAAUUUACCAUGACAAUAAGCGGGAAGGCUAUCAACGUGUGCGAAAGGUAAUCAUAACGCCAACUCGUAUAAUACUUGUAGUACCUGAAUUACUAAUGGGAAAUCGUGUGCUUCGAACAUUUGAUAAAGAUGGAAAUGGUGCAUUACGAAUACAAUUUCGUGAUGAUGAUGGUACACCGUUACGAGUGAAUACUGUUGGUCUCUUCUUAAUACAAACAACAACUUUUAAUACACUUUCACGUGGAAUUUAUAUUGGAGAUCGACACUUUGUUUAUCUUGGCUCAUCGAAUUCACAGAUGCGAGAUAAUGGUUGUUACUUUUAUGAUGAUGGAAAAGGUGGUCAAGCGCAUAAAAUCCGUGAACAAUUAGGAAAGUUUGAUUCUUGUAACAUACCAAAAAUGAUGUCACGAAUGGGGCAAUGUUUUACUCAAGCAAAACGAUGUAAGGUGAUAUUAAAGCGUCAAAAAUAUAAUAAAACGUAUGAUAUCAUUGGUGGACGAGAUACGAAUCAAGCUUCUUAUAUAUUUUCGGAUGGUGUCGGUAAAGUAUCAAAAGAAUUUGCUGAAAAAAUAGCUUUUGAUAUAGGAUUAGGUACAUCGGUUCCUAGCUGUUAUCAGAUUCGGCAUCGUGGUAUUAAAGGUGUUUUAUCGAUAGAUCCUAGUUUGGAUCAGCGUAAACAAUGGACACUUGCUAAUAAUAUAGUUGAUAAUAACAGAAUGACAAACAAGCAAAAUGAUUUAGCUGUUGUAUUCCGUCCAUCUCAGGAUAAAUUCAAAGCACCAAGAGAUGAUUACAUUGAAAUUGUGAAAUAUUCAUCACCAACACCAGUUUGUCUUAAUCGCCCAAUGAUAUCUAUUUUGGAUCAGGUUAGUGGAAUGCAAAAUUUUUCCGUACAUGAAAGGAUUAAAAAACGUAUACAUGACUUGCUGGAUGUACAUUUGACACAAUUAGCUAAUAUGUUGAUGGACGAAGAAAAAUGCCGUGAAAGACUUAAUGAAUUGCCAUUGCGUGUUAAUGUUUCACGUCUAACACUUGCACGUGGUUUUGCUUUAACUCAGGAGCCAUUUUUUCGAAGUUUACUGAGAGCACAUAUCAAAUGCACUUUAAAAAAAUUAAUUGCUAAAAUACAAAUUCAAAUACCAUCACAUCUUGGCCGUUCAAUGUUUGGUGUAGUGGAUGAAACAGGUCAAUUGCAAUGGGGUCAAAUUUUUGUACAAUGUACCAGGAAUAUUUGGCUUAAAACACCAUCUCCAUCUGCCGCAAAAUUUAUUUUAAAAGGUAAAGUGAUGUUAACAAAAAAUCCUUGUAUUGUUGCUGGUGAUGUACGGGUAUUUGAAGCAGUUGAUAUUCCUGAAUUGCAUCAUUUAGUAGACGUUGUAGUUUUUCCGCAACAUGGACCAAGACCACAUCCGGAUGAGAUGGCUGGUUCAGAUCUGGAUGGUGAUGAAUAUUCAGUAAUUUGGGACCAGGAAUUAAUAUUUGAACAUAAUGAACCACCGUUAGACUUUACAAAAAGUACAUCAGGCAAUAAAAUUAUUGAUGAAGCACAAGUGGAUUUAGAAAUGCGAAAAUUCUUUGUUAAUUAUAUCAAGCAGGAUUCAAUUGGCUCAAUUUCAAAUGCUUUCUUAGUCAAUGCUGAUCUGUAUGGUAUAACAAGUGAGGUUUGCAUUAAUAUAGCAAAGAAGCAUUCAAAAGCUGUGGAUUUUCCGAAAACAGGUGAUGCACCUGCUCCAUUAACAAGACAAUGGACAAACGAUAAAAAUGGUAAUAUGCUUCCACCGGAAAGGGCUGAACGUUGGCCGGAUUUUAUGUGCAAAAAUCAUGAACCAAGUUAUAUUUCAUCACGUUUAGUUGGACAAUUAUAUAGGCGUAUCAGACUUCUAGACGAUGCUUUAAAUCUUACAAUUGUUAUGGAAGAAAAUGUACCAAUAAUGUUGGAUCCAGAUUUAGAGUAUCCUGGUUGGGAACGAUACCAAAAUAUUGCUAAAACUCAAUUUGAUUCUUAUCAUGCAUACAUAAGAUCAAUAAUGGAAAAUUAUGGCAUUGAAGAUGAAGGACAAUUAUUUUCCGGUUUUAUUAGCUCUAUUCGAAAUCGAAUUAAUGAUCGUGAUACAGAUGACAUGUCGUUCUAUAAUACAAAUCAUAUAAUCGAGAAGAAAGUUUCAGCUGUUUUUAAAGCAUAUCGUCAUCGUUUCUUUGAUGAAUUUGGUGGAUUUUUGGAAAACACAUUACCCGAUCAUGAUGAUAAACAAAAUGGUAAUAUACAGGAACGACGUAUUUGUGUUUAUUCAUCUUCGGAUAUGAAGCAAAAAGCGUCAGCAUAUUACAUUAUUUGUUAUCGAAAUGCAUCAGUGGAUAAAUCACAUCGGACUUUAUCAUUUGGUUGGCUUAUUUGGGAUAUAUUAUGUCACAUCAAGCAAGAAGUAAGAAUGAUACAUGGCAGAUCAAUUGUGCAAUCAUUGGAUCCAUUGAGUGAAAGCGCAUCUGAGUUUAUCAAGAAUUAUUGUGAAGCAAAUGCCGAAGAUAUGAAAUGGACUUUGUCGUAUGUAAUGAAGACAAAACAGGUUGCUCGUAUUCUUGAACCAUAUUGUAGCCGUUACAAGGGUCUUGAAGAUUUACUUUAUAUUCUUAUGAAAUGGGCUACUCUUCAUGAAUUAUUGAAAGAACCACUAAAAGCUGUUCAUAUUUGCCUUUUGCUCAUACAAUUUGGCCUCGGAUAUUACGCUAAUGACAAAAAUAUAAUGCAAGUACAAUUUCUAGAAGAAACAAAAGAAGUUAUUGAUAAAAAUUCACAUUUGGUAUGCAAUUUGCAUAGUCUUGUUGGUGGUAUUGGUGUAUGCUUGUUAAAAUUUUUCAAAUUUCUUAGUUCACGUACUAUUCAAACAUUAAAAAUGCUAAAUUUUCGAAGUGUUGGAUAUCGUUCGUUAUUAAUGCGAGGACAAUGGAUAAAAUUGAAUGAAGCUGCUUUGAAAACUUUUUUUAGUAUUUCUUUGACAGGAAGAUUUGAUCAUGUAACACUGACUAGCUUUGAAAACAUGAAUGAUAAAUCAUUUAAUCGUAAAAUUUUUGGAACAAUUGAAAUUGAACCAUUUAUGAUUGAAUUACCUGUUGAGUCACCAAUACAUUUGGCUAAAUUUCGUGAAAAAAUACGGAAACAUUGUGGCGUAAAAUAUUUGCAAAUGCGACGAAUUGCGCAUCGAAAAAAAGACCGUGUUAUUGUUUCGGCAGUUGGUACAUUGGAAUCAUUGCAUCGUUUGCGUGAUUUGCUAUCAAUACGACCAUCUGUAAAUUCAUAUGCAAAUUACAAAGAGAAUAAUGAUAUCAUUAGUCGCCUUAUUGUUGAACGUCUCGAAAAAUUAAAUUAG